CAGCUGGAAAGGUGGCCGCUCAGGGACUGUGUGAGGCGCCAAGACUUUGGCCCGAGCCGUGGGGCCGUUCCAUGCAGUUGGGGGAGCUUCGUCACCCCAGCCCCAUGUGUGGGACCUGGCAGGUGAGCUACAGGGGUGCAAUGGGCGCACUCCAACUUGGAAGCUUCCUGCCACAAGGCACAUCGUGAAGUCAGCCUCUCCGUAGCAAGUUUCUCGAUAUAACGACGAUUCGAGGGAGUUGACGACCACCAGUGCCUACUGUAUUCGCAGCAUCUUCCCAGAAACGGCGACGAUGUCGCGCGAGAGGCCAUGGCAUCUGAACCGCACAGGAACCACAGGGCAACCACAGCGCCGCCUAGUAUAGGACCCUUCGAUUUGCGCCCGCUGCUCCAUGGCGUCCCCCUGUCGGAAAAUGGUGACGAGGAGGAUAUCCAGAUCAACUGCGUGGAAUACUUGGACGGAAACCUCUAUGUUGGUACUACUGCUUCUGAAUUGCUUCACUUCUUUGGCAUCCCACCAGACCCGGCCGACCCGAACCAAAAUCCCACGUUUAUCCUCGCCUCACGACUGAAACCAGCAUCCUCAGAUACCAACGGCGCAUCGAAUGGCUCACGGCCAGGUGUCCAACAGAUUCUCCUGCUGCCCCGCGUCGCCAAGGCAUGUGUGUUGUGCAACUCAACCGUAUCAUUCUAUUCACUUCCAGAAUUAAGCCCAGUAUUUGGAACCACGGUCAGGAAUUGCAAUUGGAUCGGUGGAAUUGAUCUGAACGAGGACUUGACUGGGCCGGGGCACGACAGAUCAGGAUCUGUCACGAUACUACUGCACUUGAACCGCAAGAUCAGAGUAGUGAGGAUUGGAGAUGAUGCUCCACGUGUAUACCGAACCAUCGACUAUGCCGGGAGCACACUAUCUGUGCGUAGGGACUCGUUUGCAUGUGUGGCGGACUCGAGAAGCUAUGCAUUGGUGGAUAUCGAUCGGCAGCUGAAGAUCCCGCUCAUGAGCAUAUCAUCACUUGACGACUCACAGCCAGGAGGUCCCUUCGGGCAGGCCCAAAACAUUGCUGGGCCGCCAGAUGGAGGUCUUUUCAGGAGUGCAUCUACAGCCUCGCCUCGGCCACCUACUGAUGCACAUGGGCAUUCUAGGAGCACAAGCUUGGGCGAUUUCAUCUCGAGGGGUAUACAACGACGGCAAGGGGAAACUGAAGAUCCUGUCUUCCAAGAUACGGAUGCGCCAACACCGACGCGCAGCCCGGCGCCGGGAGAAGAUGGCACAAAUCGGGCCCAGCAGAACCGAUCACCGCAGCCCCAGGCUGUAUCAGCAGCACAAGCUGCCGGUGCAAAUCCACCUUCCCGAACAAUGUCACCAGCAAGGCCUGAGACUGUAUCGUUGAAACCUCUCAUAGUAUCACCAACCACAGAAGAGUUUCUUCUCGUGACGGGCACCGGCCCUCUUGACCCGGGUAUUGGCAUGUUUGUGAAUCUCGACGGUGAUCCAACAAGGCCGACGUUGGAAUUCGACAGGUAUCCACGUGAAAUUGUGGUUGAUGGUGGACUUAUUGACCCGUCAUCAUCACGCCCAUCUCUUGGUGAGGCAGAGGAAGGCUAUGUUCUUGCGUCCAUGGCUAAAGAGCUCGAGGAUGGGUUACAUAAUGGGCUGGAAAUUCAACGCUUUGAUGUGAAUGUUGGCGAGGACGAGCCAGAAAAAUGGUGGUUGGAGGUGGACAACACAGUUUCGAACGAGGCGCCAGGAAAUACACCAAUAGGCAUCCGCUCUCUGCUGCAGAGCGAGGAGAUGCACUUUGAGCAGAUUGUACAACGGCUGUGCCAGAGACGAUUCUCGCCAUUCAGGGGACAAUCCACCACACCAACGGUAUCGCUAAAAAGUAACGACUCCCGCACCGCGCUUUCCCUUCAACGGCUAACACAGGAACAAGAACUCUUCAACCGUGACGAGUCGGAUGACGAGGUGCUCCCACCAGAAUGGGAGACUAAUCGCAAUAAAGAAGGCGAGGACUUUGUCCGGAGGCUGGCGAAGACCUCAUCCAGACUAGCCGUAUGGGCUGGGGCGAAUAUAUGGUGGGCGGUUCGAAAUCCUCUGCUUGUGCAAUUAGAGGCUGCCUUGGACGCAGCAGCAUCACGGGAGCAGCAGUCUCAGCCAACCACUCUUGAAACCAGAUUACGGAUAUUCUCACUUCUAGAGACUAUAAAGGGGCGGGAACCGAAGACGGAGCUUGAAUUUAUGACGCUGGGGUAUAUCAAGCAGCGGGCUAGCGUCAUGCUUCUUGUUGCCUUUCUGACGUCGACAGAGACACCUUUCACCGAAGGUCAGACGACAGCAAUGGAAGAGCAUCUUAUUAAUGGCGACUUGGACGCUAGAGUUGUCUUGUCGCUUAUACCCGCUCUCCGGAACGAGAUCGUUGUCAGCAGACGAGGAAUCUGGAUAUAUGGGGGCAUCAAAACUGUCGUGGAGGAGUAUAUAUCCCGUGAACAGGAUGGAUUAGAGAAUCAGGGCGUUAGUUCAUUAGCGCUCAAUGUCCUCCAGUUUCUUCGCCGGUUCCUCACGGCAACCAGGAAAAAGAAGGGGUUUGGGAGCGUAUCUGAUGAGGUCUUCAGAACUGUUGAUGCAUCUCUUCUUUUGGUACUUCUAGAGCUGGACAAGGAAACGCCCUUAGGUCAGCUCGGAAGAAGCGGCUCUGUCCGCAAGGAACUUUAUGAUCUUGUUGAUCAUGGUGUGGAUUGUUUCGACCGCGCGGUGGACUUACUAGAGACCUACCAGAGACUUUUUGUGCUCAGCCGUCUCUACCAACACAAGAAAAUGGCAGGCGAAGUUCUCGCAACAUGGAGACGUAUCAUGGAAGGGGAAGAGGACAAGGGCGGCGAGCUUGGGGAUGGCGAGCAACGGAUCCGGAGCUACCUCUCCAACAUCAGCAACCAGGCUCUUGUCCAGGAAUAUGCCAUCUGGCUGGCCAGCCGCAACCCCAAGCUCGGUGUUCAAGUAUUCGCAGACGAAAAGGGGAGGUUUCCCAGAUUCGAGCAUGGCCAAGUCGUCGCUCUCUUGCGAGAAGAAGCCCCUGACGCAGUGGCAUACUACCUCGAGCACCUCGUCUUCGGCAAAGGCAAUACCGCCUACGUCAACGAGCUCAUCACGUACUACCUCGACAUUGUCAUCACGGAUUUGCAGUCCUCCGAAGAAACCCGGGAGAUGGUCGCCGCCUCUUAUGAAGCCUACCGUGCCCUCCACCCCCCUAAACCAACUUACAUCCGCUUCCUAUCAGACAACACCCCACCCAACAGCGAGGUCUGGCAGAGCAGGUUACGGUUGCUCCAGUUACUAUCCGGUGGACACGACUACAACGCGACAGCCAUCCGCGCCAGGAUAGACGACUCGCUAUCUACCAUCCCGCAACCCAACGGUCACGAAGACUCCAACAACAACGGGGUCAACACACUCCGCCAUCAGCUCCUCGUACCAGAAUCGAUCAUCCUCGCCGGCCGCGCAAGGCAACAUCGCGAUGCCUUGCGGUUGCUAGUCCACCGCCUGGGAGACUAUGACACUGCAGUCUCGUACUGUAUCCGUGGCGGCGCGGCGCUGUCACCUGGUAGUCGGAACAAACGCCGCGAUAGCGAUAGCUCCCUCCCGCCUACGUACGAGGAGCAGGUACAACUUUUCAAGUCAUUGCUCGGCGAGUUUUUGGCGUUGGAGGACCCAGAGGAGAGGGUGGAGCGCACGGGGAAUUUGCUGGAGAGAUUCGGGGGCUGGUUUGAUAUUUUGGAGGUGUUGGAGGUGAUACCAGAUGGUUGGCCUGUGGAGACGAUAGCAGAGUUUUUGGUGAGUGGGCUCAGGAGGUUGGUGGCGGAGAGAUGUGAGGGGUUGGUUGCGAGGGCGCUGAGCGGGACGGAGAACUUGAGGGUUGGGUUUGAGUUUGUGGAGAGGGUGCGGGAGAAGGGGGCUGUAGUUGAGUAUCCUGAGGGAGGAAGGGGAGGGGGGAAUGGAGGGGAGGAGGAGGGGGAGGAGAUGAUUCAUGGGGGGGGUGUGCUGGGAGGGGAGAGCUGGGGGGAGUAUGUACAGGCUGGGGGAGGUUGGGGGGGUAGAAGGGGUGGUGGGGGUUUGAAUAGUGAAUGA